GCGAAAAGUGACUACAUUUCCCAGCAUGCUCCGCGCCAGACACUUCCUCGACUCGUUUGACAGGUCAAGUUUUGGGAGUUUCGCUCUUUCUCACAUUAUUAAGCUCGUUUCAAAGCGAUAGUUUAAUCGGAAGCAGAACUUUUUUUCCGGCAGAGUUGCUGAAGUUACAGACUUUGCAUUCGCGGUCGUGAAACACAGAAUGACUGAAGCAUUCUCAGGUGAGCAGCACACAAGCGUUCACACGGACCGGUCGCCCGGGUUCCUGGAGCGUCUGAGCGCGAGCGCCGGCGGGGUGAUGGCGGGCGUCUGUCUGCUCGCGCUGUCGUUCUACGUGCUCUUCACGAAUGAGGGGCGCGCUCUGCGCACGGCCUCCUCUCUGGAUGAGGGUCUCAAACAGGUCGUGUCUCUUCAUCCGGACGCGAUGUUGGACCCUCAGAAUGACGGGCGUCUGGUUCACCUGUCCGGGCCGCUGCGGACCGCGCAGCCGCUGUACGACCCGAACUACGGCGUGACUGUGCAGGCGGUGAAGCUGCAGAGACGGGUGGAGAUGUACCAGUGGGUGGAGUACAGCGAGAGCAGGGACUAUGAGGAGAACGGAGAGAAGAAGACCGAAACCACAUACACAUACAACACCGAGUGGAAGUCAGAGGUCAUCAGCAGCAGGCACUUCGAUCAGGAGGUCGGUCACAUGAACCCCAGCGCGAUGGCGGUGGAGAGCGUGACGGUCGUGGCUCCGGACGUUUGGGUCGGGGAGCUCUUCCUGUCUAAAGGGCUGGUGGAGCAGAUCAAUGUAUUCCACACGCUGAGUCUCCAAGGACUUCCUGUUCCUGUUAUGAACACCUUCCUGACGGUGUACGACGAUUACUUUUACCACACGGCAAACCCUCGACGUCCAGAGGUUGGAGACGUGCGCAUUCGUUUCGCUUACGCCGGUCUGAGCGGUGAUGGAGUCUAUCCUGGCCCUGCCCACAAGGUGAGUGUGGUGGCGAUGCAGCAGAGCAAUCAGCUGAAGCCCUUCAGGACGCGCUCCGGAGACGUGCUGGAGAUCCUCUACACGGGCGAUCUGUCAGCAGAGGAGGUGUUUGCCAGAGAACAUCAGCUGAACAACAUGAAGACCUGGGCGCUGAGGCUCGGCGGCUGGGCGCUCAUGUUUCUGGGCGUCAGUCUGAGCACGCGGAUCAUAUACACUCUGGUGGACUGGGUUCCUGUGCUGAGGGAGCUGGUGUCUGCGGGGCUGAAGAUCUUCGCGCUCUGCGUCUCAUGUUCGCUCUCACUGCUCACCAUCUCCGUCGGUUGGAUCUUCUACCGGCCUCUGCUGGGUGGGAUGCUCGGGCUGCUCGCACUCCUGCCGCUUCUCCUCGCACACGCCAGAGCCCCGUCCAAGAAAAACCAGUGACUAGUUUGACGUCUCGAGCAAAGCCUCCAGCAGCUGAGCUUCUCUGCACUUCUACACAGUGCUGCAGCCGAGAAGACUUCUGCUCCAGAGCUUCCUGUGGGGUUUAUAAUGGGCUUUCUCAAUUCACUAAACAAGACUUGAUGAUCACUUUAGUUGUACAACAUAAACUGCACACAUUCGCACCCAAAUGCUCUUAUGUAGUUAUAAACAUGCAUCUUUAAAAAUAAGCACAACAGCUUCAAAAUUCAUGUUUUCAGUAUGGAUGUGUGUAAUUUAUGUUGUAGAGUAAAACCUCAAUAUUGUCAAGUUAUGUUUCCCACAGAUCUUACGUUACACUGACAAAGUGUCUUGUUUUCCAGUAAAAACAUUUUUAGAUCAAGAUACAUUUUCUGGAGAUUCACAAUGACUUAAGAUAUCAAAUCCUCUUUUCUGGAAAAAUGGGAAAAAAAAAUCAAAAUUAAGUGAGUUUAUGGUUAAACAAAAAACAAAUCAUCAGAAAAACGGAUCAAAGUUGAGUUUUCGCUCAGAACGAGAAUAAAUAUGUCGGUGAGGUCAGGGACAUGAUUUUGUUUUUCAAUUGAAUUAAGAUCAUUUUUCAGACCACUGUCAGAUGUUUGUUAUUAUUUUAAGAAUGAACUCACUUCAUUUUGAUCAGUUUUUCAGAAAACACGACUACACAUCUUCUGUUUUGCAUCUCCAGUAAAUGUCUCUUGAUGAAAGAAUGUUUGGAUAUUUGUACUAGAAAACGAUGGAAAUACAAUGUAAGAAAAUCAUUUCGUGCAGCGCACUCAAACUAAAACCCCAUUAUAAAAUCCAACUCGCGUCUUCUGCGUUUUCACUUUUAUUUUUCCACAGGAACUUUAUUUGCAAUCUGUUUUUGUGUGUGUGAAAUAAAGAGCGAAUCCUCAA